AUGUCACUAUUAUAUUCUGGAUCACUUGGAUAUACUUUUUUGCCUCGCACAUCAACAAGACAUGAUGCAAGAUCACGCUUUAUGAGUUUGAUAGCCGACGAAACUCUACAAACCAUUAUUAGAACAAACCCACGUCCCUUAUUCCUUUCUCCUCCUUUUAUUGAUGCUUCUUUGGUAGAUGGAAGUUUUAAAAAAAUUGUUGUUUUACCAAAAUAUGUAGAUGAAGAUGAGUGGCUUGCUGUAAAUGAUCAAAAUCAAAAGAAAAGUACAAAAUUACCUGCUCCUACAUAUAUAGAUUAUGUGAUGACCUGGGUUCAAAAUCUAGUUAAUGAUGAAAAUGUUUUUCCUACGAAAGCAGAAUUCCCAAAAAAUUUUGCACAAAUAGUUAGAUCAAUAUUCAAGGAAUGUUUCAGAGUCUUUGCACAUAUUUAUUAUCAACAUUACGAACAAAUUUUACAUCUUCGUGAAGAAAAGCAAUUUAAUUCAUUAUUUGCCCAUUUUAUUUCAUUUGCUAAGGAAUUUAAUUUAUUGCCCGAUAAGAAAGAAAUAGCUCCUUUGGAGGAAUUAAUCACUUAUAUGGAAAAUAAUGGUAGAAUUAGCUAA